AUGCGGCUGGGCUCCGAUGUGAAUGGAGACGAGUGGGCGAACAUCCGCCGUACUCGGUCCGGCCGCAUAACCCCAGAGCUGUUCACACAGUUCAUGCUUGGCCUCAACGCUGCGAGAUUGGCCGAGGACCGUGACAUCGUCGUCCUUGUGUCCUCGCGUAGGCACAGGCUCCCUUGGGGGGAGGGCAAAGUGCAUACAAAUGGGCCGUUCGUGGUGCACCACCUAACCCAUACUCGCAUUGUGCAGCUUCAUGAUACUGUUCCUGACGUGGGGAACCCAGUGGUGCAGGGCAUUGUCGCGUUCUUUAAGGCUGAAUUCCGUUUGAUGUGGGUGGACCACCAGACGCGCUUCAUGACGCGCGUGCCACCAGCAUGGGUGUGGAGGGGUAACUCUCCUUCGGCCGCGAAGACAUUGCAGUGGACCCUCAUGGGCCUGCAGAGGAAGCUGGACAAGUUGGACAUCCCUGACUGCGUGAUGGAAGCAAUGGACUAUGCGACUUGGGAUGACGAGAUGGACGAGGUUACGACCGGAUGCGUGCCAGAGCCGGUCAUCCGUCUCGUGGAUGAUUCAAGCAGUGACGGCCGCAUUUCGUGGGACAACAGGACUCGCCGCAGGUUCCUGUGUAUGGCAUCCUCUGCGUACACAAGGCUUGCCAGCGCGAAGGGAGUUGCUCCGCGUGACGUUGUCACGCUUAAGCGCCCGGGGAACUCGGAUCUUGUGGACCGCCUGGUGCGCACACCAGAGAAGAAGGUGCGGAUGCAGUCCUACGCGCCUUCGUCGUCCAUGUCUCCAACGGCCAGCGAGGAGAUAUGCUUCCAGUCCCCUUCCACAUCACUGUGUAGCGUUCGGGAGGAUAUUGAAUAUGGGCUGUUGUGA